AUGUUGGCACCCACCCUCACACAUCUUAACAUUUCCAGUUCCAAUUUCACAGGUCCAAUCCCAUCGGAGAUCGCCCACCUCUCUAAACUAGUUGUCCUUCAUCUCUAUGGUUAUAAAGACAUACCCUCAUUAUUCAGACUGGAACAACAUGACUUUCGUAACAUCAUUAGUAACCUGACACAAUUGGAAAUUCUAGUUCUCAGCUAUAUAAACAUGUCUUCUUCCAAUAUUCCAGAUUCCAUAGUGAAUCUAACUUCCUUGACAUCUCUCACUCUUGUGGAGAAUGGGUUGUAUGGACAAGUGCCUGACGCUGUUUUCAACUUACCAGCCUUACAAAUACUAUUCAUACGGAGCAACGAUGGGACGAUUUUACCCGAUUCAAUUGGUCAUCUUCGCUCAUUAAACCUCUUGGACUUUGAUUAUUGUAAUAUUUCAGGAUCCCUUCCCAGUUCAAUUGGAAACCUCUCCCAACUUUUUGCUUUGUCAUUAAGUUACAACAACUUUUCUGGCCUCAUCCCUCAUUCUCUUUCAAAUCUUUAUGGACUCACAGAUUUGUAUCUAUUAGGUAAUCAAUUUGAAGGACAAAUCCCAUCCAACAUAACUGGUCUUAGGAACCUAAUCUAUCUUGAUUUGAGCAAUAAUUUCCUACAAGGUUCAAUUCCUGCUGGUCUAUUUGGGCUUCCAAAUUUAGUUGCCAUAUGGCUAGACAACAACAUGCUUUCCGGUGCACUUCCCUCUAUCUUGCCCAAUUCAAUGUUGUCCUCUAUUUCCAUUCCAAGGAAUAAUCUAUCUGGCCCAAUUCCGCACACCAUAUCAAAUUUGAAAGAGCUUCAUGAAAUCGAUCUUUCUUUCAAUAAUUUUGAUGGAAAAUUGUACCUUGAUACUUUUUCAUGUUGA